AUGAUCAGUGACCUCUCUCUUUAUCUUAAAUCCCCAGUUAUACCCCGUCGAUCUCGCCCAGCGAACCAGAGCCCAGCCUGUGCUCCACCGACCCCACCUCCACUGCUUUCCCUCCUGUCCGGACUUCUCUCCGCGCCGAACGUCCUGUCGCAAACCGACGCCCCAAUCACCACCAGCGUGCUAUGGGCCAACCUCUCCGGCUCGCUGGCGAGGGGCUUCCUCCUCGAAGACCGCCUCUUCUUCGUCUCCACCGAGCAGCCCCAAACAUCCGCCCAACAACAAAACCACAAAGCCCACAAAAGAACCAUCGCGCUGUAUAUCGGCCUAACCACCGGCUUUAGCGGCAGCCUCACCUCAUUCUCCUCCUUCAUCCGCGACGCCUUCCUGGCCCUCACCAACGCCCGCCCCACCACCUUACCCCCCAAAAAUAUCCCCCCGCGCAACGGCGGCGACAGCUUCCGCGCCACGCUGGCCUGGACGAGGGGGUUCGUUGAGCCUGUCUGUUCUUGACCUCCCCUCGAUCGAGAAAGAGUUAUAUUUAUAAUCAUAGUGUUUAAUAUAGAUGCUCAAGGUAUAGAACGAAUUUAUC